AUGAACAGCAAGGAGAAAGCAAACAGAGGGAAUGAUGACAAACUACUUUUAAAACAGGACAUGGCUGAUCCAUCACUUUCCCCUAAUGACUCUUUACCAUCACAAAAUCUAUCAUCACAACAUAAAACAGCUUGGACUGAUGAUAUUCAGUGGAACCAAGUGCUGAAAAAGGGGGCUAAAGUUGUUGCUAUCGCUACUAUUGGCUUUGGUGGAGGCUGGUGUCUACCAACAGUAAUAGCCUCAGGUUUAGGUUUUCAAGCAACUGGGAUUGUAGCUGGAAGCACAGCAGCAAGCCUGAUGUCGGCAGCUGCUACAUCAUCAUCAAGUUUUGGCAUGCCGAUCAUCUCAGUGCUACAGUCAGUAGGAGCAGCAGGGAUGGGGGGGAAAGCUGCUCUGGGGGUUGUGGGCACCUUAGGAUCUAAAUUUUUGGCAGACCGGUUUUUAACUGCUACUGUACCUGUCAACUUGGACAACUCCGGUGACCAAAAUACAAAGAGAGAGUUGGUUGCUGGGGAACCAGUUGAGUUGGAAAAGUCAGGGAGCCAAGAAAGAGAGCAGAAAAAAGUGCUAGUGAGGAGCAAACUUUAACUAUGUACUUUAUGAAGCUUUGUUUAUGUUUUUUUUAUGGUGAUGUCCUUGUAACUUUAUUUCUGAUUAGUGCUGUGUU